AUGCCGUACUCUUCGUCGUCUCUCUCGGCAGACACCGACAUGGUCGACGCGGUCAUGGCCUCUGAGCGCCUGGCCGAGCAGAUGCCGAUCCGUGUCGAUCUUCGCCGCUCAGCCUCAGAGACGGCCGUGCCCCAGUUGGGAACAACAAAGACGCAGAGUCUGACCGCCGCCUCCAACAUCCUUCUCCACCCUCCCACGCCCUCCCCCACGCUCAGCGAUAAGACUGUUACGACGCCUCCCGCUAUCGAGGAGCGCAAGAGCCCCAGGGUCCUGUCUCCCCGUAGCUCUGCACUCGGCAUCACCAUCGCUUCCAACGUCCUCCCGGCAGUCCGCUCCCCGAAGCGCAACACCGAGCCCCUUCCGUCUGUCCCGACUUCUCGUCGGUCACGUCGCCCGCGUAUCUUUGGAUUCACUGGCCUGGGAGACCCGGCUUCGCCGCAGUCAUCGAACGGCUCGGUCGCCGGCUCGCCCACAUCGGAAGAGCCCCAGCCGUCCUUCGGGCCGUCGUCGCAAGCCAUGAUGCUCCCUCGUCGCGAUCCAGUUCGUGUGCGUUCUGACACAUCCCUGUACUCCCUUCGCCACGCCAUGUCGCCGCCGCCGGCAGCUCGCACGCCUGAACACGAGUCACCCGUGGCUUCUCCCGUUCAGACUCCUACUCUCGUUCGCCGCGACUCUGGUCCCAAGAUUACUCCUCGCGAGCGCCGUGACACCGGACUCAAGCUCGACCUCGGUGGUCUCGUCCCUGCCCUUCCCGCCAUGGCUGACAACGCAACCUCCACCCGAUACACUGUCAUCCGCAAGAAGAGUGGCGAGGUCGUCAAGUCCGCCCUCAAGUUCAAUGGACCUCUUGGCCCCAACGGCACACCGCUCGAGAAGCGCCCGAUGUUUGCUUCCAAGAGCUGCCCGACGACCCCCAACUGCCCGAAAUACGUGCACUUCGACCCUCAGCUCGAGCGCGUCAAGCUCUUCUUGCAGGAUCAGAAGCCCAAGGUCGUCAGCCGACAGGGGUCGCCCACCGAGAUGUCUGAGGACGAGGAUGAGGAAGAAGAGGAGCCGCCGAAGAAGGUGCUGCACGUUCGCAUGCCCAACUUUCCGACGAUUCACGGACCCGACGAGGAUGUCUAUCUCGAGAGUCUCGGUCUCAACGAGGAGCGCACAGCUCUGCGUGGUGUUGUGCUCUGCCGCAACAUUGCCUUCGAGAAGUGGGUCGCCGUUCGUUUCACGUUCGACUGGUGGCAGACUGUCUCAGAGGUCACUGCGUCGUACAAGGAGAGCAUUCGUGGCGGCUCGUUUGAUCGCUUCCAGUUCACUCUCAAGCUCGACGACCUGCUCGACCGCAUUGACGAGAAGACGCUCUUCCUGUGUAUCCGCUACAACACUGCCGGGCGCGAGAUUUGGGACUCGAACGGUGGCCAGAACUACCAUGUCCUGUUUGACCUCAAGGCACCCAAGACCCCGUCCUACAUGCCCAAGCGCACCAAGGUGACUCUCCCCGGAACCGGAAAGAGCGUUUCGCGCGGCACGUGGGGCGUCACGAGUGCCGAUGCCGACCGCAUGGCCGAUCUUCGUGCGCGCCUGAAUCGUCUCCAGGAGGAGGACGCCGAGCUUGCGCGGCCAAUCUCGCCGAGAAAGAAGAACGCACGUUUCUCCCCGCGCCAGUCGAGCAAGGAGCUCCCUGCUUACGACUUCGCGGCCGCGUUCAACUCUUCUAAGCGCUCCUCGACCGGCACGACGCCUCGCAGGGCUGACUCUGCUUCUGGUUCCACGGCGGCUGCUCCUGCUACCGGCCGCCGUCGGUUCGCGGCUGCGGACUUUUACACGCCCAAGCUCGCGCACUUUGGUGGCCCUAUCUCGCCGAUGCCUGGCACGGACUCGCCCACGCCUACCUCGCCGCCGAUGUCGCCGUUCUCGUUCGCGAACCACAACCCCGCCUCCCCUCGCCCUGGUGUACUGACGCCUCGCGGCAGUGCGAACAGCAGCUCGACGGCCUCGCUCGAUUCGGUCGACACCCUUACGGCCACGCCCUCGGACUCGCCGUCGAUGCCGAUCCACAAUGUUUCCGAGGAGUCGUCAGACGCUACCGAGUCGGAUACGCCUCAGCCCAGCCCUCUGUCUCCGUCAGAGUCGCCUCUUUCACCUUCCGAUGUGCUGCCGCGCUGGACGCCGUCGACGACCGCGAAGAACCAGAGUGUCGACGACAUGAGCCUGAAGAGCUACUCGACUUUCAUCGAGCAAUUCUGUUGGGGCGGCGCUGCGACUGGUCCCGUCCCGACGCUCGACACACCCGACUUUGGCCGUCGUGUGCACUCGACUUCUAGCCUGGACCACUUCUUCUCCUCCCCGCCUGACUCGGCGACUCCCGUCGCACUGAGCCGCACGAACACCCAGACUGGCACUGUCCGCGCUCCCUCGCGCGAGGACCUCGAGCACGUUGACAACGCCAUCAAGAGUCUUUCCAUCUCACUUCCCAGCACUCCUAAGGAGCCGUCACCCCCCAUCUCCCCCUCGCUCAGUCACAUGAACUCGAGCCGAAACAGCACCAUACUCGCCAUUUAA